AUGGGGCGGGGAAAAAUAGAGAUCAAGAGGAUCGAGAACACCACCAACCGCCAGGUUACCUUCUGCAAGCGGAGGAACGGGCUGAUGAAGAAGGCCUACGAGCUGUCCAUUCUCUGUGAAGCCGAGAUCGCUCUGAUAGUCUUCUCCAGCCGGGGGCGACUCUAUGAGUACUCUUCCUGCGGCAAGUGAGACCAAUCUCCCUCUAUGAUGAACCCUUACUGUUUCUGCAUCAGAUCUUACAUUCUGAAAUAUUUCCUAAUUGGUUUAUUUGUCUGUUUUCUUAUCUGCACUCAUCACACAUCAUUUUUCUACUGUUUCAUCCAUUAAUUAUUUCUACGAAUCGAGGUUGUAUCUGAAAUUCUUCAGAAUCGAACUCAUCUGCUCCUCUGAUUAUAGGGUUUUAGGUUUAGCAUUGGUAGACCUUCAAAUUUUUCUUCCGAUUUUAAGCCGAUCUGAACGGUAAGGAGGAACAGACUGAAGGGGCUUGAUGAUACAUCUCCGAAGAAUGUAGACUGGAUCGAUGAUCCUCCCAUCUCUUCGUUUUCUUUAGUUGUUAGUACUUUUCGGUCUUUUUCAGCCUUCAGCUUCUCCUCAGAUCAACUCAGAGGUCUACGGGAAAAACACAGUUAUUAGGAGAGCUCUUGUGAUGACGAGGGUGAUGAUAGGCACUGUAACUCCCACGAGGCCCCAGUUAAUCACUAGAUCUCUAGAUCUCUAGCUUCUUGCACUGAUAUCUUGUGGUAGAAGUUGCAGAGAACAUAGGGAUUUACGGCCCCGCAGACAUCAGCUUUUACUUCUUUCUCUUCCUUCCUCUUUGCCGUUUCCCUUCCAAUGCUAUCGGUCACAUCUUCCUUUGUGAAGGCACCUUCAGAGUUUCAGCAAUGCUCCUCCUUUCUUCCAUUGUCAUCGUCUCUCCUUGAGAUAAGAUGGUUUUACAUCCUGUUGUAUUGUAAACUCUGUACGGCCUAUUGCCAAAUCCUUGCACGAUCUAUGCAAUAGCUUCAUCAACAUAAUUACUCCCUACUCAGAGCAAUGUCGUCAUUUUGACGGCUCAGUUCAUUCAAUCCAUUCGCCUUCCCCUCCACCCAUCAUUCCUUCUGCCUUGUCCUCCGUUUUGCAACUCAGAUGGCAUUCGAUGCAUCGUCCUCUCCUUGAAUGUCCUCAGACUACGCCUUUCACAGAGUUUCUAGGGUUUUCCACCCGCACUACGUGUUCAGGCUGCUGCCCUAGAUGGCCCAUCCCUCCACAUACUCCUUACACGGCGAAGGAAACCGGGUGUCACCGCAGAAAGUUUCCACUUCGGUGAUGGCCCGCCAUCCCAUUUAUUUUCCCGCGCCCCCAUGCACGUCUUCUCGCUAAAACCAUGGUGUUCUAGUGGUUGAGUUGGAGGAGGCGAUCCUCUGAAUGGCAUCGGCGAUGGAUGUAUGCUUAUUUUUAAUACGACUGCCGCCUCACACCUGAACAUGGUGUUUGAGCCCUUGCAAAUUUUCUUCGCCAGUGAUGUCGCUCCGAGGUGACUAUUAAUAGAAGCGGCAGUUUCCUUGCCUCAUUAAAGUAAACACAUUUAAUUGUCGAAAUGACACGAAAGAUUUAUAUUAAGUUGCAGUUUUAGUGGAGGACGCCGUCUUAAAAACUGAGGUCAAUGUGCAGGAAUAUUGCCAAUUAGCUUUUAGUGGAGAAGCGUUAAUCAAUGCAAGGAGGUUGUUUCCUGAUUGUUCGAAUCUAUCUAUGAUAAGCAAACAAGAUAAAAUAGUAUCUUGAUCCGACGUGGACGUGAUACGGUCUCAUCUUUGAUGUCUCGAAGUGACAUGGGUUGUGACUGAGACGUAGAAAAGAAACGACAGCAUAAGGCAUUCAUUAUGAGCAGGAGAAUAGUAUGCAUAUAUAUUAUUACACCAGAAUUCGAAAUUCGAAUGAGGUACUUUGUGGAGUUUCGAACACCAGUUAUUGUUCUGACCUUUUGAAGGAAAUAAACGAUAGAUGACGGCACGAAUACGGAUUUGAUGUCUGGUAUGCAUAUAUUUCUCUCAUGGGAAGCACUUGGAAUGAUCAUUAGUCAAUGUAAAGGCCACGGAUGAAGAGUACAGGGACGCUAGCAUGUCAUCGGAGGAGAUCAACUCAAUGCUGACGAACAAGCGACAAGACGCCAUGGAAGGAGUAGGCUUUAAAGUUCUCUGUGUUUUGAGAAGUAGAGAUCUGAGUGAACUGAACGUGGAACUUGCUUUCAUACGCAGGGGUAUUAAACCAUGUUGGAUUUUUAGGACCCUUGUUUGAGAAUAGAUAUUUCUUUGGUGAAUGGUUGUUGAAGUCAAAAGCAUGAGUUGUAGAUGAUAAGUAAGCCACGGGGCAUGAUCCCAUAUACUAGAUGUUCCUUCAACCAUGGUUAUCCCUAACAUGAGAAGAACUAUAUUAUGUUGGAUGAAUACUCCUUUCCGGUGAAUAAGCUUCAACAGAUUCGCCAGUGUAUGAAUUAUCAUAAAGUCCAGCACCUUUGAUUCGUUAAUACGUAGUUCAUCUAACAUUGCAGAUACUACUCAAUAGGACUUCAGGAUUUCAUCAAGAUAAGAAAGACUUACUAGGAUAUAAUCACUCCACUUUCUAUUCAAGGGGAAGUAGGAGACAAUCAAUGUUCUUUUUAUGCCUUCAAGGGAUUCACAUCGAAUUUCAAUCAAUAUGAAUGGCCUGCAGUUAACUUGGAUUAUUUCUAGAGUUGUUCACAGAACUUUAUUUGUAUUGUUCUAGCUCCCCGCAUGUUUGAAACUGUGUCGCUCCAAUUUGAAGAAUCACGAUAAUAUAAUUCCCCUGAAGUUUUCUUGCAAGACUAGUGAGUGCCGAAAGGGAGGGGUCAAAUCCCUUUUUCCCUUUAUGAGGCGAUCAAUAUGGUUUUGUUGAAAUCAUCUUGCAUGUUUUGAGAAAAUAUCCCAUUCCGGAGUGAUUUAUGUAGAGAAAGAUUUCUGCAUAUUAGAUGCUAGCACCCUAUGGAGAGGCAAUCUCAUAUUUUGUUCUACUUCCCAUUUAUUUAAACGAUACAGUUUUCCGUUAAGUCAACAAAAGUGAACCAAAAGGUAUAGCCACAUGCACCUAACUUCUUCCUUUUUCUCUUCAUUUCUUUUUUACCGCCUCUAGAACAAUAAAUAUUCGAACGUAGUGAUGGCAUAAUAUUUAAAAUAUCAUGGCCAUGGCCUAAAAAAUGAUAUGUAGCCUGUCUAUGACUGACCAUUCCUUAUAUACUUGAUCAAUGUCAAAAUGACCUCAUUAAGGAUUGUGUACUUGAUGAAAGUGGACGUAAUUUUAGUAGAUUGGAAUUACUAUGUCUUGUAAAUAAUAGAAGCACACAUAAGCUAGGUAAAACAUUCGUCUAAAACCAAUCUAAUGAUGAAACUACCUAGGCACAUGGAAAUUUCUAGUUUCUUCAUCUCAAAUAGAUAUUUUAUAUCGCCAGGAUAAAAACGAGUACAUUUUUUACAUUAAAUAUAGCUUAUCCUAUUUUUUCAAACAUUCAAAUACUCUGGUCAAUGAUAUGGAUGUCACUACCGAAAAUUCAAGUGAUACAUUCAGGUACUUUCGAGUGAUUGUAUGCAUAUUUCAUAUAUAAUACUGUUUAUAUCAUGAAAUCAGUUUUUGUAUCAAAUGUUUAUCUAAUCCAUGUGACUUAGUUUGCUGGAUAGUAAUUACUAUGUAUCGUUCUGGCACAAAUACCCACAUCAAACAAAAACAAUGCAGAAGCACUAUCACUGAAAAUUAUUACGACUAUAUUCAAGGAAUUAUGGGCAACUGUUAAUUUUCUAUUUUUAUGUGCAAUCAAUCACAUCACACCCUAUCCAUUAAUUUCAACUCAAGAGGUUUUUCUUUCGAUAAAUAAUAAAAAUCGAAUCCCCUUGACAAGCUGCUUUGCACCUGUUCGUGGUUCUUGAGAGAUGCUCCAAGCGUCUUACUUAAAUAGGCAUGAUCGUUUAUCAUGCCAGUCGGUGCCGUGUUUCCAUUUUUUAUUAUUUUGAGUAUGGUAUUAUAUUAAAUUCCAAAUCUCUAGUUCACCUUGGACAAACAUUUUUAAUCCACUGUGAUCUUGUAUUGUGAUAACUUUUCCAGCAUUUAUACAACAAUUGACCGAUACAAGAAGUCUCAUUCUGCCUCAAACCCUGGGGCUAUAACCGAGGUGAAAACUCAGGUAAGCAAUUGCCCACAUUUCCUUUUGUUGGUCACUUCUUUGAUAACUUCGUUUACAACCGGAAAUGGAUGUCUCACAGAAAAACAGUACGGAUAUUUGAGGCAGAACAGUUAUGGGUAGCUAAUAAUUGGCACAUAUUCUACAUCAUUUUAUCUAUUAAUUGCCUGGUGGAAGGUACUGCACUCGCGUCACGAUGCUGAAGAUGUGAGAAAUUUGGAGCUGCAGCUCUCCUCGUUCAGCUGCUGAAGAUCGACUGCACCCUUGAUUUCCCAGUUCUGAAAAUACUCGUUUGCUUGGAAUAUGACGCGCGCGCACACGCAUUUAUAUUUGUGUGUGUGUGUGUGUGUGUGUGUGUGUGUGUGUGUGCAUAUAUAUUUAUAUAACACCAAAUCCAUUCAUGGGCGUCUUGGAAUUCUAUCAAAAGACAGAAAUUUAGUUGGCCUUCAAUGAAACCUUGGCUUGAUGCAGUCUGAUACGCUGCCUUUGAUCUCGCUGCAGCAACACUACCAGCAGGAAGCAGGCAAGCUACGGCAACAGAUACAGAUGCUGCAGAACUCAAACAGGUGACCCUGUUUCAGGAUUCCACCUUUUAUCAUUCACCGUGAGAUUGAAAGAAGCUGCGGCGACGCGUGGACUGGAGGGGACGCCCAUGCACAUGCGCCGAAAAGUGAUCUUCUUGAAAUUUGGAGGUCGUCUUUCUGUAUUCUCACCCUCGUCUCCUCUCACUGUGAACAGGCACCUGAUGGGCGAGCACCUGGAUUCUCUCAACGUGAAGGAGCUCAAGCAGCUCGAAAAUAGACUGGAACGAGGAAUCGCCCGCGUUAGAUCCAAGAAGGUUCCUCUCUCUCUCUCUCUCUCCCUCUCUCGCUCGCUCAAACCAGCGUUUUUUCCAGUGGCUGACAUCUUCUGUUCUGUCAACAGCAAGAGCUGUUAUUUGCUGAGAUUGAGUACAUGCAGAAAAGGGUAAUAAACCGAUCCCCACCCUUCCUCUAAUCAUGCGUUUCUUUGUCGAGCUUAGCUCCCACCGAACGAUUUCUUCUCCCGUGCAGGAGUUGGAGCUGGAGAACGAAAGUAUGUUCCUCAGAUCCAAGGUCAGCCAUCACUUGAGCUCCCUAUCUACCUGAAAUUAGCAUUAUAGUAGAAAUUCCACAGCCACCCAUCGCUUCCAUUUACUCGUAUACGGCCUCGUGCGCCAUUAUCUGCUGGGGAGAGGACGAGAGAGAGAGAGAGAGAUUGUGGGGCAUAGAUAAUGAAUGGAGAUUUAUGUUCCCUCUAGCAAGAGAGUAAUCUUCUCUGUUCGGAUUUGUGUUUUCAGCUAGCGGAGAGCGAGCGCACCCAUCAGCUGGUUCAACCCGGGCCGGAGUUCGAUGGGCUCCCCAGCUUCGACCCGCGGAGCUACUACCACCCCCUGCAGAUGUUCGAUCCCUCCCAGCACUACCCGACCCACCAGGAUCAGACCGCCCUCCAGCUCGGCUACGAGAUGAAGUCCAACCCAUCUUCCUGA